ACAUGCUGAAAAGCGGUCUUAUGGAUACCGACGACCAGAAGGUCGGAGUUCGGGUGGCAAACAUCGACAUGUCCGAGCGAACAGAUAAUGUACAUCUUAUAGAAAUUCGACGUAUCAUUUCACUUGUUGGCGCGGCUUACUUCUUUUUCAUGACUGCUUGGGUUGUUCCUGUAGCUUGCGUGAUAACCGUAUCACUUUUAUUCCCAUUAAUGCUUUUCAGCACGCCUCUCUUCAACUAUCUCGAGCACAAAUUAUGCGCGAUGGUUAAUGCUCAUUGGAACGCUGUGUCUGUUUUUGUUGGGGCUACUGUAACCGAAUAUGGAACGAAUCUGGCAGGAUACGCAGAAGAAAAGUGCCUUUUGCUUGCAAAUCAUCUUGGGUUGCUUGAUCAUUUUGUUUUGAUGCAAAGUCUCAAUGGAAAAGGAUCAAUCAGAUCACGGUGGAUGUGGGUGAUCUAUAACAUCUGGAAAUACACACCACUCGGAGUCAUGUGGACAUCUCAUGGAAAUUUCUUUGUUAACGGCGGAGUCAGCAAACGCGACAGUGUGCUUUCAAGCUUCCGUGAUCAUCUGAAAAACUCGUUCUACAAAUAUGACUACGGAUGGGUGAUCAUGUAUCCAGAAGGUUCCCGACUUUACCUUGUAAAAAACAGUGGUCGCACAUUUGCCGAGAAAAAUGGAUUAAAGCCUUUGGAUAAUUGUGUUUACCCAAGAACCGGAGCUGCUCACGCCGUCCUCGAUGUUCUCGGUCCCACUGAUGAUUCACUGUCAAUGUCUAAAUGUGGUAAAGGAGAGCCAAUCAAGUACAUAAUCGACGCAACAAUUGGGUACAGAAAGGGAGCUGUUCCAGACAUUUGUGAUGUGAUGAUGGGUGACUGGGAAUCCGUCGAAGCUUCCCAAUUCGCAGUUCACUAUGAUGUUAUUCCUGUCAAGCCUGAGUGGUCGGAUGAGAAUUUACUGAAGGAGUUUCUCUACGAAAGAUAUAUUAUCAAGGACAAGCUUCUUGCGGAGUUCUACAAAACGGGUCAUUUUCCCGGAGAUAAGACAAAAGUGAUUCCAAACAACUAUGAGAUGAUGUUUGCCCAGGUGUUCUGGGGAUGUCUUUAUUACGCGCAUUACGUGUAUUGGCUCCGUCCUCUCAUUGUACAUUCCUGGACGUCAUUUUUAUCCAUUUUUUAACUUUUUUUUGAAUAACCGUUUCAUUUUCAAUCCCCUCUACGUUUACAUACUGGUUAUUUCAUUCUCACACAUUCUUCCUAUGGAUUGUCACCCACUACAUUUUGUUACAUUUCUUGUCUGUACUCAAAUUGUUAUCUGCUUCUGAAUAAUAUUUAUUAUGAUUUCAUUGUUUCCCCCAAUUUGUUUCCAUGUCAUCUUGGGUACUUGAUUUGUUAUUGAGCACCACGUCAAAAGAUCCCCCAAUCUUCAAACAGGUCUGAAGUCAUACUUGCAGUACGUAUCUGCCCGAACUAUUUGUAAUUAACAAAUAAAUAAAAUUCUUUAAU